UUAGACUUCAGUACAGAGACACUGAAUUUGACAAUGAGUUUGUGAACUUGUCAUGUACUUCAGACAUCAAAGACAAGAGCACAGUGAAGAUAAUUUACUUAACAAAUGAUACAAAUGCGUCUCUACCUCACCAUGAGCCCACUGCUUCACCUCAAGGAGUUGAUAAUACGUCUUUAUCAUCUUUUUCAUCAACAUCAGACACUGACAUACUAUCCUCCCCUGGAUCUGCAUCUUCAGGGUCCUCCCUCAGAUCACAGCCAUGGCCUCAUACCUUCCCACUACCUCAGUUCAAUUAUGAGGUCGACGUUCAGCUGGAGAAGGCCAACCUGGCCUUUCACAGCAGUGGAACACUGCUGUGUCCAAGUACCAAACUUAAGUCUGCUAUCCUUGAAAGUUUGGCAUCAGAAAUUAUCAAAUACAAAAUGUAUCCUUCAAGUGCAGACCUUGAUGAUGUGAGUCAAGCUUUGAUAACAAAACAUCCUUGUUUAAAGGAGCAAGGAUCCGUUUCUGGGUACUAUGGUUGGAAAAUCAGUUUAAAAUACAAAAUGGCCAACUACCGCACCAGACUGAGGGGCAUUGGCUGCCCGGAGUUGAGCAUAAAUGCUAUGAAAGAAAAGGAUGGUUCCCUGAACCACAGCCCAAACCAGGUGAAAAAGCCUCGGAAAGCCGAAGUCAACUACUGUCCUGGUUAUCCUGCAGGCGAAUCUAAAGAGAGUCUUGAGGCUGAAAGACAAGCACUUCUAGUGGAGGUGAAAAAGAAGAACCAAGAGCAGAUUAAAAACAAAAUGGAAAGAACAUUUGCCUAUAGAAGGCAGGAAAUUAUCCAGGAUAUGCCCUUCAUCACAGAGUUACGGAGCAGAUGGCCUGCUCUGUUUUCAGAAAGAGAGGUUGAUGCAGAAUUUGCCAGAAUCACCACUGUCCCACUACGGUCUACUUUCAUGUUUCAACUUGAUCGGCAUACUGACAACUUACUGAAGGUCUUCCGUAAGAAGGGAGGGGCAGCAGGACAGAAAAUUAAGGUCAUUUUGGCAGCAAUGGACAAGGAUCCAAGUAUUGAAAAAUGGAGAGAUUGUGUGCUCAAAGCAGUGUCUGUGUACCUAAAUGAAGAUCCACAACAUCUCAUUAAGGAAUACAUGGAUAUUGAUCCUGGUGCAAAGAAAGAUAUGGAGGAAACAAUGAUGGGAGUCUACGUCAUUUGGCAUGAGGGAGCAGCGGACACUGAUGAAGCUGAGGAUGUCGGUAUCAUUAUAGAGGGAGUUGAAGUGCUUCAGGGUCUCAGCCUAAUUGAGCCAAAGGCAUAG